UCAAAUUUUCAUAACCGCUCUACUGGCUUCUAUCUUAGAAGCACGACUUGAGCCUUGGGAGGUGACAACGAAGAGGAGACUGGUUGGACGGCCGAAAGCAGCGAAACCUGCCCUUGUCUCCUUGAAGAGACCUUGUUGCAGUUGUCGUUGCAGUGGCACAGGAGAGCUGCGUUAGAUCUCUAGUCUUUGCGCUGUGGAAGAGCUUGUGAAAACGAUAGAUUGAGUUGAAAAAUGGAUUCUGGUGGCAACAACAAUGAGCAAGAGCAGUCCGUUACGGGCGCGGCUUUGAGCGACGAUGGCGCACCGAAGCAGCAGCAACAAGAGGAAGAUGAGACGGCUGCGUUGACCGACAUGUCGACUACCAGUCUGUCCUCGCAAGAAGGGUCCACUGGCGGUGGAGUGGCUCAAGUACCGGUAGUGUCCACUGACGCCAAGCUGCCUUUUCGGUCCUUUUUUGCCACGCGUCAAACGAUCGCAGAUCUCGAAGGGCAAGCGAAAAAGGAAACGAAUGGUUGCCAUAACUGUGGCUGCGGCGGAGUAGUGACAAAACCAGGGGCCGUGGCCGUCGACGGUCUUACUCAAGAAUCGUUGUCCGUUUCGGAAGACUUGAAUGAUUCCUCCUCCACUGUCUCUCAUGAAGUUGCGGAGAGUCGUAGUGACACGGUCGUCUCUGGAGUCAACAACGAAGAGACACCUGAUCAUGUUGUGCUGAACAUUCGUGAUGAAGACGAGGACGAUGGCACUAAUUGCCAUAGCACCCCUGCUUCAUCGUCAGCGUCCGUGGAAGAAGAAAUCCCCAUGAUCCAUGCUACUUUGGCAGAAGAGCCACCGAUUCAGGCUGAACUAGUGCAGGCCACACUAGUAGUGCCUCCUCCUGUCGCGUACCAUGUUCAGUUUGAUGAAGAAGCUCCGCAGGAUCCAACUAGUCCAACCGAAGGAUCACGUCAACCGCCGGUGACACUUCCAAUCGAAGAUACGGCGGACCUGCAGAAGAAACUCUUUUCCAGACGCAAUGUCACCUGGGUCAUUCGAUGUCAUGUAUUUCUGCUUGUGUUGGGGUUGAUUUUGGGUAUUCUCAUUCCCAAACUCCAAGAAGAAAAUUUCGAACAAGAAUUAUUAGAAGACAUUGUGGAGGACGAUUACCACUUUCCGUUCCCACAUGCAUCUCCCGUCAUGCUCGAAGCUCCUACCGUGGUGGCUCCCAGUGAUUGGUCCGCACCACCCCCCACUCCUGCCCCCGCCACGGCACCCACGCCGCAACCGUCUGUGCUUUCCGUCUAUGAUUGUUACAAGAGUCUCUUGGACGUGGCCAUUGCACAAGUCGAAGAUCCCAGCGAAGACGGGCUCUACCAUCUCUGUCCCAAUGUUAGGUUCAAACUUGGAGGCUACAAUGACGACUACACGAGUAUCGAGGAGGGAGAUUACCCCCUGACAGCAUUGCGCGAUUCCAUCGAGAUUCGGUGUGCAUUCGAUGGAAGGAAAGAAAAUCAUUGUGUCAUUGAUGGUGGAUUCCUUCAAGUGGCAUUGAAUCCGCCCAGCCUGCCCAACAAGACACUUACGGACCAAGCAGCCGAUGCAGUGGACAAUGUCACCUUUCGGGGCAUUACAUUCACCGGUCAGCUGAAUACGACCAACAACGAUUCGUAUCCCAGUGGCACUUCUGUGUAUAUGAACCAACCGGGUCGGAAUGUGACCUUUAUCGACUGUGCUUGGGAAAACAUGGUGGCCCCGAAUGGCGUGGCUCAGAUAGGGGCAGAUAAUAAUAACGGGAGAAACAGCUCGUUGGCAUCCGGGGAAGAGCCGUCAAUGGGUGUGACGUUUGAAAAUUGCACCUUCUCCAACAUUGAGUAUGGUGGAGGAGGGGCGCCAUUGAUGAGUGUCUUUGGACAGGAAGCGGUGCUGAGGAGGUGCCGAUUCGAAGGUCUGAGCUUGCCCACGUCUCUCUCGUCUUGUGUGCUUGGCGGCAACACGAUGGAGUUCUGUCAAGGGCUAUUGUAUUGUUUCGAUCACAGUCGUUGUGAACUAUCGGAUAUUUGCGUGGAUGGCUUGGAGUUCGCUGGGCCGGGAGCGAUUGCGACCACCAGUCAUGAAACCGAUUUGACCGUGUCCGGAUCGAUGAUUGCAGAGGAACUUGUCGUUCCACCGGGCCUCUCCUUUUUGAAUUGUUCCUCGGGAUUGGCAAUGUUUGCGGACGAGGAGUUUUUGAUACCAGAAUGCUGGGAUGAUGCCGUGGAUGUGUUCUUUUCCAACGAAACGUCCUCGUCAAACUUUUGCGGGUUCUAAGACCCCCUUUGGGUUUGGUCGAAGACGACCCUUCCUUCCAACCCUGUUGUAUGUUUGUAAAGCAUACUGUUCGACUUAGCUACAUAAUGUUAAUGCAUGUAUUUAUGCUCUUAUGCCUUCUG